AUGAGGCGCCAGUGGGGCGCAGCCGGGGAGCCCCAGGGCCCGGGAAGGCGAGGAGAGCGGGCGCAGGCGCACCAGGAAAAGCCCGGGGCCAGGCCCGCGGGGCUGGGGGCGCGGUGGCAGGGAGGGACGGGGCGGUGCCCGGCCAGGCUGCCCGCCCAGCUCACCUCGCCUAGGGCCAGGGAGGAGCGCCGCGGGGGCCGUGGGCUUGUGGAUGCCGGGCCCGCCCCCUCCGGUUCUCCGGCCCGCGGCGAGCGGCCGAGAGCCCUGGAGCCGCCCGGGCAGUAUGAGAGCCGGUGCCGCCCUUCGCGACCGGCCGACGCGUGGCGAGCUGCGGCUGCCGCGCCCUGCAUGGGGGAGCCGGGGAGCCGGCGGCGCGCGCGGCGCGGAGGCUGGGGGCUGCCCCGGAGCGCCUCGGCGGCGGCGGCCGCGGGGCUGCUGUGCACCGCGCUGACCGCUUACGCCUGCUGGGGACAGCUGCCGCUGCCGCCGCCGCCCUGGGCGUCCCGGGCCCCGCCGCCACCGGUGGGAGUGCUGCUGUGGUGGGAGCCCUUCGGGGGGCGCGGCGACCACAGCAAGCCGCCCCCCGAUUGCUGGCUGCGCUUCAACAUCAGCGGCUGUCGCCUCCUCACCGACCGCGCGGCCUACGGAGAAGCCCAGGCCGUGCUGUUCCAUCACCGCGACCUGGUGAGGGGCCCCCCGGACUGGCCCCCGCCCUGGGGCGACCCCCCGCGCGCGCCCGAGGCGCUGGGGUGGCGCGUCUUCCACGACCCGGAGAGAGCGGCGGCCGCGGCGCUGGGGACCUCGGGCCCCAGACCCCCGGGCCAGCGCUGGGUGUGGAUGAACUUCGAGUCGCCCUCCCAUUCCCCGGGGCUCCGCGGCCUGGCCAGCAACCUCUUCAACUGGACGCUCUCCUACCGGGCCGACUCGGACGUCUUCGUGCCCUACGGCUUCCUUUACCCCCGGAGCCACCCGGGGGACCAGCCCCCAGGCCCGAUGCCCCCGCUGGCCCGCAAGCGAGGGCUGGUGGCCUGGGUGGUGAGCCACUGGGACGAGCGCCAGGCGCGGGUCCGCUACUACCACCAGCUGAGCCGGCACGUGUCCGUGGACGUGUUCGGCAGAGCCGGGCCCGGCAGGCCGGUGCCCAGCAGCGGGCUGCUGCACACCGUGGCCCGCUACAAGUUUUACCUGGCCUUCGAGAACUCGCAGCACCUGGAUUACAUCACCGAGAAGCUCUGGCGCAAUGCCUUGCUGGCCGGGGCCGUACCGGUGGUGCUAGGCCCCGACCGUGCCAACUAUGAGCGCUUUGUGCCGCGUGGCGCCUUCAUCCACGUGAACGACUUCCCCAGUGCCUCCGCCCUGGCCGCCCACCUGCUCUUCCUCGACCGCAACCUGGCCGUCUACCGCCGCUACUUCCACUGGCGCCGCAGCUACGCCGUGCACAUCACCUCCUUCUGGGAUGAGCCUUGGUGCCGGGCCUGCCAGGCGGUGCAGACAGCGGGGGACCGGCCCAAGAGCAUCCGCAACUUGGCGAGCUGGUUUGAGCGGUGAAGCCACCCUGCUCAGAAUUGACCGGUUUGAACUUUUACAGUGCAUCAUAUUGGCAAAAUUUUCCCAGGCACCCAUUUUGUAUUAUGGGGAAAUGGUGAUUUACUAUUUAGCACAAGGAUGGGUCAGGAAAGUUACCUGUCACUCAAGGUUUCUGCACAACUAGUGGUUGGAUUCUUUCUACUGUUGAUGGGCAUCAGUGUUGGGACGAACACGGGGCUCCUUCCUUAGUUGGCACCCAUGUGAAGAAGUGGCUUUGAAUUUCCUCAUCUGUCACAAGCCAUAUCUGGGCUUGUGUGGUCUACAGAACUCAUGCACACUGUUCAUUGACUCACAUUUGCCUAGACCAGCAAGGAGCAGAGACUGUGGGUGUGAGAUAGUGGAAGGAUAAGGAAGCCCACAGCAAUUCUUAAUUCUUGAUUCCUCAAAGUCUCUGAUACUGGGAAAGGUGAGGAGAGUGGUUCAAGAAGCCAUUGACUUCCUUAACAAGCUCUGUUUGUUCCCUAGCUCUGUGAAUGGAAUAAACAAGAGGCCUUAUUGUCUUUGGAGGAAAGUUAAUCCGAAUAUAUGGGUGUACCUUACCUCACCAGAGAAACUUAUUCCUGAAAAGCUGCAUUUAAAUUAGAUCCAAAUUCAGGGCCCUAAAGGAGUUCAGUAUUCAACAGAACCCUACGGAGAGUCCCUUUACAAUGUGAAUAGCCAUCUCCUAAUUCUUUUUUCUUCUGUCUUUAUGUUUUCCUAUAACCUGGAUUUAAAGAAACCUUAAAGUUAACAGAUGUGAAAAAAAAAAAAAAAAGCACAAUGUUCUCCCCUCUUCCAACAAACCAGUGUUUACAAACAGAAGAGAAGGAAGUCACAAUGCCACCUUUCACAGCAUUAUUUAUUUCAUGUCUCUGAUGGACCUGAAAUUAGGCUCUGGUGUUGCCUGUGAGAAACAGUGAAAGGGAUUUCACUGAACCAUGGACUCAUGAAGUAAACAAAUUACAAAUCUCA